CAGUCUUAAAGGCUUAUACGUAUUCUUUUGAAAACCAUGCAUGUAUUUCUUUUUAAAUCUGAAAGAUGUGAUCUUACAGGCCCUUUCUUAAUAAUAACCUUUUACAGAUAAACCCUGAGAUAGUAUAAUUGCAUUCUUUCUUGGCACCUUUAAAUCAAAUUAACUAGACACAGUGAGGAGAGAAAAGAAAAACGCAGUUUUGCAUUGAAUCUGACUGGGUGAGAAGCAACUGUUACAGCAUAAAGAACGGACGGGAAUUUGGGCUUUCCCACUUUGGCAGCAAAGGGGGGAAUUAUGGGUUGGUGGUCUGCUUCAUGUUAGGAGGACACCCCUCCAUCUGUUCACAGCUCAGCCUGUUUCUAAUUUAAAGCCUAGGUUUCAAUACAAACUUCAAUUUCUUUUCCCCAUUUUAAAUGCAAAGCAAGGCAUAUGAAUCAUAGUGUCUCUGCUCCUGGAAUUCAGACCACAUUUCCCCCCAAAAUUCUCAGGCUAUUUGCUUGAAUACCUGCUUACUGUGGCACACAAUGGGCAGCUUUGAGAAGAAAAAUUGAUAAUCUUCACGGAAGAGUAAUUUGAAUGAAAUUACACUUGACAGCCAGUCUCCAAGCAAACAAGAGGAGCAAGGGAGCCUUAGCUAAGCUCCAAGGACUUGCCCAAGCCACUGCUGUUGGAGCUUCCCAGGGAAAAAAAAUCACCAGUUUCAACAUCUAAUUGAGCUUUUGAUUAAGUCCGUGUACCAGAAUCUACUGAAGAAAGGUAGCCAUGGAAGAGAAUAUGGAAGAGGGACAGACACAAAAAGGCUGUUUUGAAUGCUGCAUUAAAUGCCUGGGAGGUAUUCCCUAUGCCUCUCUGAUUGCCACCAUCCUGCUCUAUGCGGGUGUUGCCCUGUUCUGUGGCUGUGGUCAUGAAGCACUUUCUGGAACUGUCAACAUUCUACAAACCUACUUUGAGAUGGCAAGAACUGCUGGUGAUACACUGGAUGUUUUUACCAUGAUUGACAUCUUUAAAUAUGUGGUCUAUGGCAUUGCAGCUGCAUUCUUCGUGUAUGGCAUUUUGCUGAUGGUUGAAGGUUUCUUCACAACUGGAGCCAUCAAGGAUCUCUAUGGGGAUUUCAAAAUCACCACUUGUGGUCGAUGUGUGAGUGCCUGGUUUAUUAUGCUGACAUACCUUUUCAUGUUGGCCUGGCUGGGAGUCACAGCUUUCACCUCACUGCCAGUCUAUAUGUACUUCAAUCUGUGGACCAUCUGCCGAAACACCACAUUGGUGGAGGGAGCAAAUCUCUGCCUGGACCUUCGUCAGUUUGGGAUUGUGACAAUUGGAGAGGAAAAGAAAAUUUGCACUGUCUCUGAGAAUUUCUUGAGGAUGUGUGAAUCUACUGAGCUGAACAUGACUUUCCACUUGUUUAUUGUGGCACUUGCUGGAGCUGGGGCAGCAGUUAUUGCUAUGGUUCACUACCUUAUGGUUCUGUCUGCCAACUGGGCCUAUGUGAAAGAUGCCUGCCGGAUGCAGAAGUAUGAGGACAUCAAGUCAAAGGAGGAGCAAGAGCUUCAUGACAUUCACUCGACUCGCUCCAAGGAGCGGCUCAAUGCCUACACAUAAAUAAAUGCUUCUGUUCUUUACCACUUGAAUGCAUUGGUGUUUAACUAAGGACCAUCCAACCAUCCAACUUUUGAAAAACAAAAUCAAAGUGCUUCUCAUCAAUGAUAUGUAGGGUGACUUAUGAGUCACCUGAAUACAAUUCCUUGUUGUUUAGCGCUUAAUUCCUAAUUUGUUAAAUUGCUAUAAACAAGUCUCGUCUACAAGCUCCUAUCCAGUCUUUUUUUUUAAUUUCUCAAACUAAUUUAAUAGUUCUACAAGAUCAAAGAUAUUAACAUUGUCAAAUGCAAAGAUUUCUUUGAUUUUUAACCACUUCUCGUGUGUUAUACAUAACACUUUUUGCAUUAUUUCUUAUGUUUUGAAAAGAAAAUAGCUUUUUAUACUUUUUAGUUUUGAUUUCGGUAACUAGUUUAACUACAGGUAACCUUCAAAGGGACCAUUGUACAUUAUAAUAAACAAUAGAGAGAGAUUACAUCACGAUGAUUCUUCUUGAAAUAUGGAAAUCUUGUCUGGAGAUCAGUGGCCACUGUACUAUAGGCCCUGGUUAAUGUUUUCAUCAAUCUAAGGUGCAAUUUCUAAAUUUAUAAGGGUAGGUUUAAAAAAAAGUGCUUCUUAUCUUUGUUAACAUUGUAUUUUUUUCAUGAUGUACUUAAAAGGUGUUUCUCUAAUUACUCAUAUUUAUGUUGUGAGCAUGUAGAAACAGUGAUGCUAAUGCAUGGCUAGCUGCCUUUUUAAGAUUGUCACACCAGGCUUACCUUUUAAAGUUUAGCGUAGAGACAAUUUUAAUGAAAAUAACUACCGUGGACUAUUGGAGAAUGAUCUUUUUGUCAUUUACUCAGUGGCUGGAUUGGAACUUUUAAUAUGCUAAUGUAGAAAAUUGCCUUUAUGAAGGUGAUAUAUUAAAAAUAAGCACACUAACUCCUCAAAACUUGUUUUACCUACUUUAAAAGUUUUAACGGAUUGCACCUCUGUAAACUACUCCUAAAAUGUGUAUGAUAUAUUUGAAAAGGCUUCCAUUAAUAUAAUAGCUUUGCUUGCAACCUUCCAAUCUACAUUGGUUUACCUGUAGUGUUUUCUAAAAUGUGGUCAGAGGCCACUAUAUAGAAUGUAUUGUUUAGAAGUGUAGUGAUACAUUUGUGUUUUUAUUUCAAGUAAAGUCAUUUUAACCAAAUGUUCAUUCAUAUUCAUUUAUAAGUACCUGUAUCAGAGGAAUUUUAAAGAAAAAGCAAUCAGUAUUAUUGGACCAAAUUUGGUGUUUGUUUUAACCUUGACUCUCUUCUUUUAUUUCUAAUGCUACAAGAAUGCUGUAAAGUGUCUUUUAAAAUGAUGUAAACUGACAAGAUGUUUUUGUCAGUGUAUAAAACUAGAUAGUACUGUGCACUGAUCUGACCAUUGUGAAACUCUUCCUCAGUGUAAGUGCAUUUCUAAUAAAAUUUAUUGAGUGAACCAAUCUUUGUACAGCUAUUAGUCAUGCAUCAUCAGUAAUUUUACAAGUUCUUGUAGUAGCUAGGGGUAUAACUAGGGUUAUCUGUGGCAUGAUUACGCAUUCUGUAGUACUAAUUAAUUUGAGAUUCCUUUUGCUUUUUUUACACACUUAGAUUAUCUUGCUGGUUCAACAUUUUUCUGAUAUAUGCAGUAUUAAAUAUAUUCAGCAAAAGUAUUAAUGGGCUUUCUUUAAAUUCUAUAUUAUAGUGUUUUGGUUCUGUGUCUUUACAGUUUGUGAUGAUUUUUAAAACUGUCUUUAAAUUUAUGUAACGAUGUUGACACUUUUGGCUUUUAUUUCUGGUAUUAGAGUUUGUAUUUUCUCAGAGUGCUUUGUAGCAGGCAUUACAAGUAAUCUGUUUUGUACAUAAAUGUGCCAACAGCUUGAUGGUGGCGUUUUUGAAAUGUAGAACAAAGUGCUUGCAAAAUGUAAUAAAUACACUUGUGUACUUUGUGUACUUAU